GGACAGCAGCUGAGGAUGAAGAUGCUGUCAUGGGCUUGUGACAGCAAAAUGACAAACAAAUAAUUUGUAAACGUUCCGGCGUCAUGUGAUUCAUUUAUUCGGUUGUCAGAAGAGAUAUCGAUGGCGUCCCGGUGCACGCUUGAGGCCGUGCGGGAGUUCCUCACGGAGCGGGGAGGGAGGGUCCGCCAGACCGAGCUCACCGAUCACUUCGCGGCCACGGCGGCGGACGGAGGCGAGGCGGACCUGAGGCGCAUCGUGGACGCGCUCGGCGUCGUGGGAGCGGAAGGCGGCGUGGAAUUUGUCAGUCUCAACGUUGAUCGCAGCGAACCGUCGCCGCCGGCCGUGCGCGCGCACGCCGAGGGCAUCGAUCACGCCGCGUGCAACGGGCACGCGCACCAGACACCGGACAACAACACCCGAGUCGACCGCAACCGUGACAACGGACCGCAAACAGAAGCUUCCAGUCCGCCUGCCUCCAACGUUGAUGAUGUCAUCAGGCCACCUGCAGACCCCGCCCACCUGACCAAGACCAUCACUACUUCCCUGGGAGCAGGUGAGGUGAAGCUGAGAGAGAGGAGGAGGCGAGAGUCCGCCCCGGUUAUCGGGGUGCCGGACCCGGACCACCACGCUACAGGCUCCCACGGACAACAAGUCCGAGGAGCCCGCCGAGUGUCCAGAGGGUCCCAGCGAGCCAUGCUGACCAGCUGCCUGUCUGAGGACAGCUCCAUGGAGGGUCUGGACCUCCGGCUGGACGUCAACACCCCCAAGGGGAGUCGCAGGAACUUCAUCGAGCUGAUGAUGAAUAGUUCUCCUCAGGUGCGCAGGUCCCUCGUCAAUCGAGGUCCGCGUCUGCGAGACUCGAUGAGGAGCGACGGCGACUCCUCGUCUCUCGUCUCCUCCGCCACCGACGAGGACUGCGCCUCGGUGACCUUGGACCCGCUGGAGCACGAGUGGAUGCUGUGCGCCUCGGACGGCCUGUGGGAGAGCCUGCAGCCCCUGCUGGCCGUGGAGGCGGGGCUUGUGGCCAAGAGGGAUUUUGUGACGGGCUUCACUUGCAUCCACUGGGCGGCCAAGCAGGGCAAGGCCGAGCUCCUCUCGCGGCUGCUGACCUUCGCCAAGGACAACGGCGUGCCCGUCAACGUCAACGCCAGGUCCAGCGCCGGGUACACCCCUCUGCACCUGGCGGCCAUGCACGGACACACUCAGGUGGUACGCGUGCUGAUGUCAGACUGGGAGGCGGACCCUGAAGCCAGGGACUACAGCGGCAGGCGAGCCACCCAGUACCUAACCGCGCUCACGCCCGGAAACCCGCAGGAGCGAGGAGCGGCCAAGUCGCCAGGAGCCGAGUCGGACGGCGAGAAUACGGGCGGCGGCAGCUGGGGGCGCGGCUGGCGUUUCCCCAAAGUGCUCCAGGGCAGCCUGAACCCGCUGCGUUUCCUCAACUCGCCGGCCGCCGGGGGGACCGCAUCCCCGGAGGCGGUAGGUAACGGGAGGACCAAGGGGGCCGGCAUGCUGAGGAAGUCGUCUCUGAGCAGGCUGAACGCUCGGCUGCAUCGGGGCCGACACAGGGCCCAGAUCAUACACAGCGCCUCCUUCAGGGACACGGGGGAAGUGUGGGGAGGGGAGGAGCCUCCCGUCAGCCCCGUAAGAACACGACCGCUCUCCAACCUGUUCGGGUGACUGCUCAGAUUCAUACUUUAUUGUACAGCAACACAGCUACAUAGUUUACUCACUAGAGCCAAACAUUCCCUUUUUCUUUAACUUUAUCUACUUUAUUUUGACAGAAACAUUAUUUUUUUUUUCUAUUUUAAUUUUAUCAAUUUCCUUGGAAAAACAUUCCUUUUCUUUCUUUUUUAAUUCUACUUUUUUUUUAGCAAACACAUGCAUUUUUUUAAGUUAUCAAAAUUUUGGGGGUAAAAGCAAUCUUUUUUUUCUUUUCUUUUUUUCUUUUAUCUUUUUUUUAAGAGAAACGUUCAUUUUCUUUCUUUUUUUCUUCUUGUAUCUUAUUUUUAAAGAGAAACAUUACUUAUUUUUUCCUUUUUUAAUUUUCAAAAUUUCCUAAGCAAAAUAUUCCUUUUUUUUUAUUCUAUCUUUUUUUUUAUAGCAAAAACAUGACUUUAAAAAGAAAAUGUUUUAUUAAUCUUAUCAACAUUUUUUUUGGCAAAAACAUUCCUUUGUUUUCCCUUUUUAAAUUUUACUUUGAUCUUUUGUUUUAGGGGAACUAUUUCUUUUUUUGUCUUCUUUUGUUUUAUUUUAUCUUUUUUUGGGAGAAACAUAAUUUUUUUCUUUUUUAAUUCUAUCUCCUUUUUUUUCAUUUUUUUUAAGCAAAGUCAUGACUUGUUUUUUCUUUGUUAAUUUUAGCAACAUUUUUUGGGCAAAAACAUUCCUUUUUUUAUUAACAAUUUUUUUUUUUUUUUAGGAGAAACAUUCAUUUUUUAUUAUUUUUUUUAUUUUCUCAAUU